CAGCUUAAGAUCUUCGGUAGCGUUGGUGGCAGUAUUGCACCGGUAGGAUAAUACCUACCUAUAUGCAUACCUACCUGCCUAUGCGGUAUCCUGCACAAUGCCAUGAAGCGGAUUAACAUGUGCCAUUUUGAAGCAAUACCUAGGGAAAAACCACGGUGACGAUACCUAUGCGCGUGCAGUCGUUUGGUGCUAGGUAAUGCGUAUAAAAAGUAGAAGCUAUGUGGUGACAGCGGUAUUCUCAUAAUUCUAUAACUCCAUAUCUACGUACGAUCUCCAUCAGUAUCAACUUCUCUCCACGGCAAUAACAACAAAAAUCCAGAAUUGUGAAUCCAACCGGGGAAGAAAAAAAAGGAGAGAACGGGGGAAAAUGACCAGCAUCGACGAACUCUUCAAGGCGUCCGGUGUUCGCAGUAAGCGCAAGCUUGAACCCCUUCGAGAUCCUAACGAGAUCUACAAGUCUGCCCGACUCACAUCCAACGGCCGCAGCCCCCGUCACGCGCGCGCCGAGGACGAGACCGCAAACGACAACGACGAUGUCGAGGCCGGCCCCGCUCCCCCGCCGCCAGACGGUGAAGACGACAACGGAAACGGCAGCUAUGGGCCGGGUCUCCCACCAGACGAAGACGACGACGAGGAAGGCCGGUUCUACGGCGGCGGCAUCACGGCACAGGAGAACGACGUCCUGGAUUAUGUAGAGGGCAACGACAACGAUGACCCCAAUGCGAACGCGGCGCCCGAAAAAUUCGAUAGCGCCUGGCUACGGCGGACCGCCAUCAACUUCGAGAAGCGCAUCAACAAGAACGCCGAGCUGCGUGCCAAGUUCGAGGGCGAGCCACAAAAGUUCAUUGCCAGCGAGGCCGACCUCGAUACCGACAUCAAGGCCCUGAGCAUCCUCGCCGAGCACCCGGAGCUGUACCCCGAAUUCGCGCGCCUCGGCUGCGUCGCAAGCUUGGUCGGACUCUUAGCCCACGAGAACUCCGACAUCGCCAUCGACGCUAUCGAGAUUGUCAACGAGCUGACCGACGAAGACGUAGCGGCCGAUGACGACCAGUGGAACGCCCUUGUCAAUGCGCUCCUGGAAGCUGAUCUGCUGGGACUGCUCGUGUCCAACUUUGAGAGGCUGGACGAGGACCAAGAGGCUGAUCGCAGCGGCGUGUACUACGCCCUGAGCGUGGUGGAGAACCUGUGCGGACGGACCGUCACGGCCGAGAAGAUUGCGGAACGAGAGGAGUUGCUCAAGUGGUUACUACGGCGGAUACAAAUCAAAGAGAAGACUGUCAGCCAGAAUAAGCAAUACGCCGCUGAGGUCCUCGCGAUCUUGGUGCAGACGUCGGCGAAGAACCGAAGAAGGCUAGCUAGCCUAGACGCCGUGGACAUCAUGCUGCAGCUUGUCGCACCCUACCGAAAACACGACCCCGGGAAGGGGGGCGAAGAGGAAGAAUACGUGGAGAACCUCUUUGAGGCGCUGGCGUGCCUCGUAGACGAGCCCGAGGGCAAGACCAAGUUCGUCGAAGCCGAGGGCGUCGAGCUAUGCCUGAUCAUGCUGAAGGAGGGCAAGAUGAGCAAGGUGGCCGCGCUGCGGCUCCUCGACCACGCCGUGGGCGGGCGCGGCGCGGCGGCGACGGCCGAGGUGUGCCGGCGCGUCGUCGGCGCGGGCGGGCUCAAGAACAUCUUCACGCUGUUCAUGAAGAAGGGGCUCGACGGGCGCGCGGCGGAGCACCUGAUCGGCGUGUUCGCGUCGCUGCUGCGGCGGCUGCCGGCCGACUCGCCGGAGCGCGUCCGCGCGCUGGCCAAGUUCGCCGAGAAGGACUACGAGAAGACGCGCAAGCUCGCCGCGCUGCGGCGCGAGUACGCGGCGCGCCUGGCGGCGGCGGACGAGGCGAUGCGCGCGGAGCGGGAGGGAGCCGAAGACGACGACGACGACGACGAAGACGCGGCAGAAGAGCGGUUCUCGCGCCGCCUCGACGCCGGGCUCUUCUGCCUGCAGACCCUGGACGUGGUGCUCGCGUGGCUCGCGGCGGAGGACAGCGGCGCGCGGCGCACGAUCCGGGGAAUCCUCGCGGACCGGGACGAGACACUGGACGUGAUCGCCGCGACGAUACGCGAGCAGAUCGCGGGGAUCAACGUGGAGGACACGGAGGGCAAGGACACGAAGGAGAUGCUCUCGACGCUGGUGGAGUUCCUGCGAUAGCCAGGGGAGGGGUAGUGAAGAGGGA